AUGAGCAAGCUGCGCUCCACCCUGCGCCAGACUUCCGCGCCGCUGCGCGGCCGGCCGGGAAAGAAACCAGCGAAGGCGAAGUGGUCGAUUGAGAGAGAGUUGGCCGGCCAGGAUGGGGAUGUGGUGGGCCGAGCGGUGACAGACGGAGAUGAAGAAGAGGACUGCUGCCAGGUGGCUGGCUAUGGGAUGCCGACAACCCGGUGCCGGCCAUGCCCGCCCGACAAGCCUUGCGCCGACUCUGAGCGGCCCCAGAAAUGGCGCCUGUCGCUGGCCUCGUUCCUUUUCUUCACAGUCCUUCUUUCCGACAGCCUCUGGCUCUGCGCCAUCGCCGCUGGGGCCCAGCUCGGAGCCCAAGAUAGGAGCGUCUCCUGGCCAGAAGUCGCAGUGAUGGGCAGUGACGAUGGCCAGGCCCCGACGGCUCGGCCCUGUCUGAACUUGAGUUCGGCCUGCAGCCAACGGCACCUCCUGCAAGGACCGCCCGGGGUCGCCUUCCCUGCAGCGCGUGCGGAGGCCUCACCGUCGCAGCUGGCCUUCCUGGAGCGGCACUUCCGGGUGCUGCGGCUCCCGUUCUGCGAGGCCUACACCGUCUGGGACCUGCUGCUGGGCAUGGCCGACCCGGAGAGCCUGGACUGCAGUCUCCGGAGCCUGCUGGCUGACGUGGCGGCGGGCGGAGCGCGUCGCGGGGAGGCCUGCAGCGGCUGCCUGGAGGCCUACCAGAGGCUAGACCAACACGCUCAGGAAAAAUACUAUGAGUUUGAAGAGCUGCUGGAGAAGUAUCUGCAGUUUAAGGACUACUCUGUGUGCUCCUGCCUAAGGGAGUGUAAGGCUGUCUACAAGGCUUGGCUGUGCUCUGAGUACUUCAAUGUGACCCAACUGCAGUGCCAACACCGGAUCCCAUGCAAUCAAUACUGCCUGGAGGUGCAAACAAGGUGUCCCUUUGUCUUGCCUGACAAUGGUGAGCUGAUCUAUGGAGGACUGCCUGGCUUCAUCUGCACAGGGUUGCUGGAGAGCAAUCUGCCUGAACAGGAAGCCAAGUGCUGCGACAUGCGGUGGGACUCAUGCAAUCACCACCCAGACGACAGCUGCAAUACAUCAGCCAAAUCCAAGUCAGAGUCAUUCCAUGACCAACGCCGUGACAUCCCCCAUCACCACCACCACGUUCACCACCACCACCAGCAGCAGCAGCACUACAACCUCUACUACCACCACACCCAGUACCAGCACCAGCACCAUCCAUCCCUGCUGCCUGUGUCUGCGGGCUCCCACCUCACCAGUGGCAAGAUCCGGUUCUGCGUCCUGGUUCUAAUGCUCCUCCACACCAUGGUGUCCUUCUCAAGUGUGCCCAGCAGCGUGGGACUGAGCCUGGGGGCCCUCCCUGCCAUGGAUGAGACCCUCACAAGGGACAAGGGACCCUCCUUUGCAAUGCAGGGAAAAGGCAACUGCCAGCUCUUUUUCACCAGUGGGGGGAAAGGGGCUGGGUGCAUAAACGCUCUUCGUCCAGUGGUGGGAGGUGACAUAGGAUUGGGGGUGAUGUACACAGACCCACCCCCAUGCAGACCCCCCUCCCACCCCCCAGAGCACCUCAUCACAGGGACUGCCCUGCAAUGA